CAGGCCGCCCACAGGAAAGGCGAGAGGUGCACUGGGCCCUGAGGAGCCGGUGGGCCACCAUGAAGGUGAACAAAGAGGCAAACGUGGAGGGACAGAUACAGGAGCUGAAGACCAUCACCCGGCUCCAAGAACAUUGUCGGGCGCUCCAGAACCAGGCAGUGAAGGAGAAGACAACGCAGAACAAGGCUACUCUGGGCCUGCUGCGCAGCAACAUCCGCCGAGGGGCGCACGAGUGGGCUUCGGCCAAGAAGCACGACCAGCGCGCCAUCGCCAAGGCCUGCGGGAAGGACCUGCCCACGAGGCUGGCACACGGCCGCAGCACCAUGGAGGUGGCGCGGGAGAAGCUGCGCAAGUCCGUCUUCGACCGCGUGAACGUGCACAACGCGCUGAUUCACUUGGUGCGGCGGCGCGGGCAGCAGCUGGAGAGCAUGGACCUGGAGCUGGCGCGCCUGCGCAGCCAGGCCGAGGCCACCAAGGAGCAGGCGCGGCUGCUGCAGGUCAUCCGCCAGCUGGAGAACAAUAUCGAAAAGACUACCGUCAAGAUCACCACGAGCCAGAACAUCCGCCUGCUGUACGUGGACCUCCUGGAGUACCUGAAGAAGGUGCUGGCAGGAUACCCGGUGGUGCUGGACAAGCUGCAGAACCGCGUGAUUGGCUACGGCUCAGAGCUGGCUGACAUGACAGUCAUGUCCCAAGAUGCCAUGAUGAUCACAGACGAGGUCAAGAGGAACAUGAGGCAAGGGGAAGCAACCUUCAUCGAGGAGCGCAGAGCGCGGGAGAACCGGCUCAAUCAACAGAAGAAGCUCAUUGACAAGAUCCAUACCAAGGAGGCCAGCGAGAGGCUUCGCCGGGGCAACAGGGACCUGGACUUCCCCUCCAGUAGGACGAGUAUGGACACCCUGAGGGGAAGGAGAAAAGAAACCUCCGGAACAGACAUCCAGUACCAGGCCAACGUGGCCGCCUUGGUGGAGAGGGUCAAGUCCGCUGUGCAGUGCNCCCACCUCUGGGACAUUGCUGGCCGUUUCCUGGCCCAGAGGAACACCCAGGACAACCUGAAGCUGCAGAUGGCAGACCGUGUGGCCCGGAAGGCACAGCUGGAGGCCCUGACAAAGAAGCUGCAGCUGGAAGAGGCACUGCUCAAAUUCCGCCAGGUGCCCCGCUCUGUCAGCUUUAAGUCCAUUGAAGAAAAGAUGAACAACAUGCUGAAAGAGGAAGAGGCAAAGCUCCAGCUGGCCCACAGUAACGUGACCAAAAGCCAGCAGCUGCUGCUGACCAUCCAGACAGGCAUAGACAACCUCUACAUCCGGCUCAUCGGUGUCGCCUUGCCUGCCAGCCAGAAAGAAGCAGCGCCCUCUGACGCACUGGAUGUGCAUGGCAAGCUGGCCUACUGCGAGAGGAAGCUCACUUACCUGGCUGACCGUGUGCAGGCACUGUCCAGAAUGGAGGAGGUCAGCCCCAAGGUGAGAGACGCUCUGGAGUCCUCCAUGCUAAAGGAGAAGUACAACACCAGGAUCAGCUUUGAGGAUUUGGAGGAGGACAUGAUAGAAAGCUUCCAGUUUGCGGACAUGGACCACAGCUACAUCCCGUCGCGGGCGGAGAUCAAGGAGCAGGCCCAGUGGCUGAUCGAGGGGAAACUCAAGGGGCCCAAGAAGAAAAAGAAGUAACCCCGCCCGCGCUUUAGUUCACAAAUAAACACUUUCCGCGACUGCGGGUGCGUGAG